CCGCCACCCUCCCUCCCUCCCUCUUCCCUUUGGUGCGUCUCGGUCCGCCCGCAGCAGUCUCCUUCCACGGCGAGAUUUCACUUCAGAGAUGGCUGCGAAAGUGUGCAGAUCAGUCUUGCUGUUGUCCCGAAACGGUGGAGCGGCGGCCGGCAGCCUCCCCGCACUCAUCGCUCCUUCCCCGCGGCACCAGCAGCACGCAAGAUCGCAGGAGGUACUGUCUGCGCCAAUCACGCGCCAGACUGUCAGGAGAGCGCAUGGCCUUCGGUCAGCAGCCCACUCUACAAUCUUCACUCAGCCUCCCACUGCCCUAUCCCCGCAGAUUUGGAGGGGCUCCCCUUCAUGGCACGGCCAGAGAAUGUUGUGUACCCCGGCUUCUACAGAGGAGGUGACAGUGGUGUACCAGAACGGGCUGCCAGUCAUCUCGGUUAGUUUGCCGUCCAGGCGAGAACGCUGUCAGUUCACCCUCAAGCCGCUGAGUGAUUGCGUGGGAGUUUUCCUGCAACAACUCCAAGCAGAGGACAGAGGCAUCGAUCGGGUAGCCAUCUACUCCACGGAUGGAGCCAGAGUCGCCUCCUCUACAGGCAUUGACAUCUUGUUACUGGAUGAUUUCAAGCUCGUCAUUAACGACACCACCCACCUUGUCCGGCCACCGAGGAGAGAGUUGCUGCCCCACGAGGAGACAGAAAGGCUGAAUGACGUCAAGUUGUUGGUGCAGCAGCUCUAUACCACCCUGCGCAUUGAAGAGCACCAACUCAGCAAAGAGCGUGAGCUGAUUGGACGACUCGAGGAGCUCAACUCUCAGCUGCGCCCCCUUGAGAAGGUGAAGCAGGAGCUGAGUAGAAAGGCAGAGCGACGCACUACUUGGGUGCUGUGGGGCGGCAUGGCGUACAUGGCCACCCAGUUCGGCAUCCUGGCCAGGCUGACAUGGUGGGAGUACUCCUGGGAUAUCAUGGAGCCUGUCACCUAUUUCAUCACAUACGGCACAGCCAUGGCCAUGUAUGCAUAUUUUGUACUCACGCGUCAGGAGUACGUGUACCCCGACGCCAGAGACAGACAGUAUCUGCUCUUCCUCCACAAGGGGGUGAAAAGGACACGCUUUGACGUAGAGAAGUAUAACAAGCUCAAAGAGGAUAUCUCGGAGGUGGAGUUGGAUCUGAAACGUCUUAGGGACCCACUACAGCUCCAGCUCCCAGUUCAACAGCUCAAUGUUGGUAAAGAUUGAUGGGAAGAGUAACACCUCCCUCUUCUGCCGGCAUUCCCUUUUCUAUCCCUAGCCAACCCCCCACCACCCCUCACCCUGCCUUAUAUGAAACCUGCCCUCCUCUACAACUCUCCUGCAUCCCCCCCGUCUUCAAGUUGGGAGUCCCCGCCUCCCCGCCCUUUCCUUUUUACUUCCCUGACUGAACCAACUGUAUGGAAUUGCAACUGAAAAUCACAGAAGGGAAUGUUGGUGAGCUGAAAAAAAAAAAAACUCACAGUGAUGGUGGAGUUAAACUUGCUACUUGGCUAAGUGGUUUAGCCUCUGAAUGGACAUACUGCAGUGAACCUGAGGGGCAAACAGGAAAUACCACAACCUGACCUUCUUGCACAGCAGAAGUUAUUUCUGUGUACUAGUUGUGUAUGUAUGUGUGUGUCACAUGCAGGCAGAGCCAACAUUUGCCAUUGACACACACACGCACACACACACUGGCUGGGGGGCAGGUUCUGAGGAGCGUCUCUAUCCCACCCAUGAAACAAGUUUACAAGGCUCAAAGAGACGCUGUCUUCCCGUGGCUGAACUCUGCUGCCUCUUCACACUCUGGCCACGCCUCAUCCAGGUUGACGGACCGCCAUCCUUCCUCAACUUGACCUUUGAUAGGAGUCCGUUUAGAACCCCGUUUCCUCUUCCCGGGCAGCCCAUCCUGCCAAGUAUGAGAAGUACUACUGACAACAACAUCACUGUGUGUUCUUUAAUUCCCCACCCCAAAAAAUAUUUUGGCACUUUUUAUUUUGAAAGCCAUAGUAUAUUUGUUAUGAAAUGAAUAUAAAAUAAAUCUAUAUGUAUACAAUCAAAUAAACUGAAUGACCAGAUGCUAGUUGUUUCCCAGUGGGGGGAGGAGCUCGUCUUAAAAUGUCACUCACGCCAUGUAGAUUCAUCAUGUUGUCAUAUAGACACAAAGAGCAUUAAAUACCUCCUUUCUUUAACUCCAAUGUUCUACUAGAACAAGUCCGAUUUAGCUGUCAGAUGUGUGCAAUUUUUUUUUUCUUUUUUAAGAAAAAUGGCAUCACAUCCCCAUAGUUUGGGUUGAGCACAUACAUUUCCACUCUUGAGGUGAAAUGAAAUAAAAGCCUCAUUGUUAGAGCGUUCUCUCCCCACUGUCGCUGUUCCACCUCCCUGCUCCUUCCAUGACAAGGCAGGGUAGACUGCAUGCUGUGGUACGCCCUCAGUAGAGGUUUGUGAAUGUGUCGGCACGCCAUAGUCAUUUUCUACUCCAAUGGAAACUGUUCUUUGUCUCAUAUAGCUUUUAGUGGAUAAGGCACUCUGUCAUUCCCCUGUUUGUUUAAGUCUGUUUAUCGAAGCCAUACUGUGCGUUAAGGACAAAAAUAUGUUUCCGUGUGGUGGUCUUUGAUCGGUGACCCUCCCUCUUACUGUUUUGUACAUGCCUCCAAAAAUGCAAAGGAGUAUUAGGAACAUACAGAAAAGAAAAAAAAUAAUGAGACUGUGAGAGUGAUAUGUUAAUGAGAAAGAGGUUGUAAUCAUGCAAGAAAAAAAUAUUUCAUUUUAGAAUAAAGUUGUAAAGUUAAUGAUAAUAUUAUUAUAAAAAAAAAAAUAACUGUAAAUGAAGCUGGUAAGUUUAAAGCAUAAGCAAAAACAAUAAACUAGCACUCACUUUUUUUAUGGUAAGAAAAUCCUCACUGAUACUUUUAUUGCAUAGAAUGUAUCUAGAGACUGCUGGUCUCAGAUACUUCCAUCUAUGUGGAAAUGUUGACAUUUCCUCGACUGUAAAAUUGCAUUACAACUUAUGUCUUACCGCAUUUUUCUCAUGUUUCUUUUUACUUUUCUCUGUGUCCGCAAUACUCCCCUGCACAGAAAGGUCUAAACUCAUUUUUUCCCUCCCCUCUGUGAACAAACCUCACUCAUGCCCACUGAGUGCCGAUAUUGUCCUGCCAUUCCAUCCUCUGUGUGUGUACCCUACGAGCAGAUCCUCCAAAUUUCUUAUUAAUUGCUUCUGUUUAAAGCCAAUAAAAAGUUACCAGUGCAGAUAGGAUUUGUUUAUCGUGUGCGUGUGCAUUCUCUCUUAAGGGAGAAGGUGCCUUUUGGGAUGAUUAAGGAUUUUAACACUGUUGCCAUAGAAGCAAUGGGGUAAAAAGUCAUUGAUGGUCGGAAUGUUUUAAAUGACAUUUGUUGAAUGGGUUUGUUGAUUGAGUGAACCAUCAGAUUGACUCCUUUACCACCAUUGCACCUUGUCAAUAGUGAUAAAUCCCUUCCACCCUCAUCCCAUUCAUAUCCAUCAAUGGCUUACAAUGAUUUUCCUGUUGCGCACACAGUGAAGUUGUUUCCCUUGUUGGAGUUGAUCGUUGCCCUCACUUAGCACUGUUUUUGUUUUGUUUACUCACAACCGUCCCUCAUUUACUUCCCCGACCACCAUGUGUUUUUAAAAGUCUGAAUACAUCAAAUAUAGAGAUCUUUAUAUAAAGAGGGUGUUGCAUGAAUGUAUGUUUACAUGGGAAAUUAUGUACAAAAAAAAAAAAAAGAUGUAUACAAAAAAGGCAAAGAAACUUUAGGGACGUUGUUAGUAGAGAUUCCUAGCAGUGGACCGGCCUGCGUGUUUAGAAUUAGUUCUGCCGAACUUGAUCCUUGCCGAUCACCUGCUCUCCAUCACACCACAACCACAUCCAUUUUUUUUUUUACUACAUUGCAUUUAUCCCCCCAGAAUGAAAAAAAAAGUCCAUCUUCUGUGCACUAGUAAAGAGGCUUUUUGACUGCUGACCUCACUUGCUAAUGUCCUGCUUCUGAUUCUGGAGGAAAAUGUCAGGUGCCACGUGGUAGCUUUUGGAGGCGAACACCUCCAAACACAUCCCACUCUUAUUGUCCUCAUGCCCUCUUUUGUUGUCCAAAAUUACUUUUCUGUCUUGAAUGUGUGUUUUUUGAAUUUCUGCUGUGCACUUAAAAAUAUGUUUAAAAGAGUGAAGCAUCUACGAGUGAAAUGACAAUGUACUCCAUUCUGACCUCCUAUUUUUUAUUUGUAUGAUUUCUUUCUGGACAUUAUGUUUCUGUUAACAUGAUGCUGUAAUAUUGGCAAAAAAAGAAUGUGUAAAAUCCUGUAUCAUUUAUGAAAUAUGUAUAAAAGAGAAAUGUAAUUCAAUUAUCAAUAAAAUCCUUAUCCAGGUUUUGGA